UUUUUUUUUCGGUCAAAAACCAUGGCGGUUGGUACUUGUGCUAUAUAAAAAUCUCGCAAUUUCAAACCCUUCACUUCACAGAAGAAGAAGAAGAAAAGUACUAAAAAACGAAGCUUGAAAAUGGGGGAUAAUACUGAUACUGAUACGAAGUUCAGCGUGAUGUGUAGUCUCUUCACAUGGAUGCAGAAGACCAAAACAUCAACAAAAAAGAGAUCCAAAUUCCGCAAGUUCAUCGACACCUAUUGCAAACCCUGCGACUACUUCAGUGCCAUCAGGUUGAUCCUCCCUGGUCUUGAUCGAGAACGCGGAUCGUACGGCCUCAAGGAGUCUGUGCUCGCCACUUGCCUCGUUGACGCCCUCGGCAUGUCUCGGGAGUCUGAGGACGCCCUCCGCCUUUUCAAUUGGCGGAAAGCCGGCCCCAGGGCUGGCGUCAAUGCCGGCAACUUCGCCCUCGUUGCGGCUGAGGUGCUGCAACGCAGGCAGGGCAUGACUUCUGGUGGCCUAACCAUUAAGGAAUUAAAUGAGUUGCUUGAUCGCUUGGCUUCAAGUGAAAAUAGGGCGGAGAAGACUUCUGUUCUUUCUGAUCUAAUCAAGAAAACUAAUGCACAGGAAAUGAAGUGGAUUGUAAUCAUAAUUUUAAAAGAUCUGAAGUUGGGAGUUAGUGAGAAGAGCAUCUUUCAUGAAUUUCAUCCAGAUGCUGAAGACUUGUUCAAUGUCACAUGUGACUUAAAACUGGUUUGUGAGAAGUUGAGGGAUCGAAAUCAACGUCAUAAACGUCAGGACAUAGAAGUUGGAAAACCGGUGCGUCCUCAACUGGCUAUGAGGGUUGGUAAUGCAAACACUGCAUGGAAAAAGCUUCAUGGGAAGGAAGUAGUUGUUGAGUGCAAAUUUGAUGGUGACCGCAUUCAAAUCCAUAAAAAUGGGAAAGAGAUACACUUCUUCUCAAGGAACUUUCUUGACCAUCCUGAAUAUGCGCAUUCCAUGUCGGAUGUUAUCAUGGAAAAUAUUCUUGUUGACAGGUGUAUACUUGAUGGUGAGAUGUUGGUUUGGGACACAUCUAUGAACUGUUUUGCUGAGUUUGGUUCAAACCAGGAGAUAGCCAAGGCAGCAAAGGAGGGACUUGACAGUGACCGACAGCUAUGUUAUGUUGCUUUUGACAUUCUGUAUGUUGGAGACACUAGUGUUAUUCAUCAAAUCUUGAAAGAACGUCAUGAGCUUCUUCGUAAAGUUGUAAAGCCUAUAAAGGGUCGGUUGGAAAUUUUGGUUCCUAAUGGUGGUCUUAAUGAUCAUCGGACUUCUGGGGAACCGCGCUGGUCGCUUAUUGCUUAUAAUGUGGAUGAUGUUGAGAGAUUUUUUAAAGAAACUAUAGAAAACAGAGAUGAAGGUAUUGUGCUGAAAGACCUUGGUUCCAAGUGGGAACCAAGUGAUCGAAGUGGAAAGUGGUUAAAGUUGAAGCCUGAUUAUGUUCGAGCUGGCUCUGAUCUAGAUGUGCUUAUAAUAGGAGGAUACUACGGCUCUGGCCGUCGUGGAGGAGAGGUGGCUCAAUUUUUGGUCGGCCUGGCAGAGCAUUCAACAUCGAACACGUACCCUAGGCGAUACAUUUCUUUUUGCAGAGUGGGAACUGGACUUUCCGAUGAAGAGCUCGAUUCUGUUGUAACCAAACUGAAGCCUUAUUUCAGGAAAAAUGAAUACCCGAAGAAGGCACCGCCAAACUUUUAUCAAGUUACAAAUAACUCCAAAGAAAGACCAGAUGUUUGGAUUGAGAGCCCUGAAAAAUCAAUUAUACUUUCUAUUACCAGUGAUAUUCGAACAAUAAGAUCUGAGGUAUUUGCUGCACCAUAUAGCUUGAGAUUUCCACGUAUUGACAGAGUGAGAUAUGACAAGCCCUGGCAUGAAUGUCUUGAUGUGCAAUCUUUCGUAGAAUUGGUACAUUCAAACAACGGUACCACACAAAAAGGGACUGAUUAUGGAGUUGUGCAAGAUAAUAAACCAAAACGUAUGAAAUCCUCAAGAAAAGGAGAGAAAAAGAGUGUUUCUGUUGUUCCUCCUCACUUUAUUCAGACUGAUAUUUCUGACGUAAAGGGCGAGUCCUUGGUCUUUUCAAAGAUGAUGUUUUACUUUGUCAACAUGCCACAAACACAUUCCCUAGAUUCCUUGCACAAAAUGGUGGCAGAGAAUGGGGGAACUUUCUCAAUGAAUUUGAACAACUCAGUUACUCACUGUAUUGCAGCUGAAAGUAAAGGGCUCAAAUUUCAGGCAGCAAAGCUUCGUGGAGAUAUUAUUCAUUACUCUUGGCUCUUUGAUUGUUGUUCACAGAAGAAGCUCCUCCCUUUACAGCCAAAGUACUUCCUCUCUCUUUCCGACUCUUCAAAAAAAAAGCUGCAAGAAGAAAUUGAUGAAUUAUCUGACCCUUACUACUGGGAUCUUGACAUUGAAGACAUCAAACAGCUCUUAAGCAACAUAAAUAGGUCAGAAGAUUCCAAAACCAUCGACUAUUAUAAGAGGAAAUUCUGUCCGAAGGAUAAAUGGUCUUGUUUUCAUGGUUGCUGCAUUUACUUCCACCCUUCAGCUGAGUCUUCGAAUUUAGAUUCGAAAGUUUUAAUUGAACUGGCUCUGAGGAGGAUGAGGCUUGCAGUUGCCAUGGGUGGUGGCAAAGUCAGCAGCAGUCUUUCUCAGGCUACCCAUUUAGUUGUCAUUUCGCCACUGGGAUUCAAUGUGGAAUUUGAUAUGAUAUUGAGAAGUUUCUCAUCUGCGGAAGUACAUCUUUUACAUAUGAAAAGCUUGCAUGUUGUUGGGCUUCAAUGGUUGGAAGACUGCUUGGAUAAGGAACAAAAAUUGCAAGAAGCGAUAUAUAGUUUGAAGCCCACUGGCUUCAAAGAGUCAAACUUGGGAGAGUGGAAACAUGAUCCUAGUCUAGAUGACUUGUCUAGUAUGGACAUUGAACAUCAACAGAAGAAUAUGUUAUCUUCUCCUACCAAAGACCGAGAACACAGAAAAAGUACAGCUGCUUUAAUCAACCCAAGACUUUUGACCUCUACCCAGAAGGAUGGAAAAAGGGAAAGACAAAUGACCCACUAGCAAGAGCAUAAACAAAAGAAAAUUGAGUGUCAUUCAACCUCGAAGAACACGGGCACGUCUUGGAAGUAAGUCUGCUAAAAUAUGUGAAACUGAAUUGGAUGUAAAUGUCUCUCCAGACAAGAAUGCCAUUAAGGAAGAGCCUGAAAUAGAAGUGGAAAAUCAUGAAAUCCAUGGAAUAGCAGAUCAGGAUGAUCGGGAAUUGAAAGGUAAGGCAAUAGUAGAAGAUUGUUAUUCAUCACAAAAAGGAAUAGAAGAUAGCAUGAUAACAGAGCAGUUUGACAGAGCUCAUGGAAUUGAAUUGGGCAGUGGAAAUAAUGCCCACAACAGUGAAAAACUGGAAGUCAUGGUUGAUCCGGUUCAGUCCAUGUUGCUAGACAUGAUACCAAGCCUUGGGACAAAAAAAGUUGAUAGUAUAGAUCGUGUUGUUGAAGAACCGAGGCCACCAGAGCAUAACACUGCAGAGACUUUAGAGAAAAAGAAAGUCAGCUACAAGGACCUUGCUACUGAGUUGCUUAGGGAUUGGUAAAUUGUUAUUAUUAGACAUAGUAACCCAGGUAAUUCUAUUUGUACAUCACAUAAAUUCUCAGUUUAGAUUAGUUGUGUCGUUCAGAUAUCAAUUUCCGAACCAAAAAUCAGAUGUUUACAUAUCAAUUUCUGAGCCAAAAAUAAAAUAAAAAAUAAAAACUUUUGCCCGAAAGUUGAUGUCUAAAUAUUUGAUUUUGGUUUGGUAGCUGAUAUCGGAACGGGUUCAAAAGGUGCAUACUGAGACAAAAAUGUGCUGUGAAAAUAGAAUGUACCCUAGUAACCUUGUAUCUAUUAUCAGCUGUAUAUAUAACCUAUGUCCAGUGAUGAAUACAGUAGUUUUGAGUUGAAAUGCAUUGUUGUAACUUGCUUAUGUUAUGUAUA